AUGGGCAACUCCAAUGGCAAGCCCAUCGUCUACACCGAUGAGGUCAACCUCAACCACUUCCGCCUGCUGCGGGUGGUCGGUAAGGGCGCGUUUGGCAAGGUCAGGAUUGUGGAACGCAAAGAUACGGGCUUGACUUUUGCCCUCAAAUACAUCAGGAAGGAUGAGGUCGUACGGUCGGAAAGCGUGCGGAACAUCAUACGCGAGCGGAGGAUGCUGGAGCAUCUCAAUCACCCGUUCCUGUGUAAUCUACGCUACAGCUUCCAGGAUAUGGAAUAUCUAUAUAUUGUGGUCGACCUCAUGAAUGGUGGCGAUCUCAGAUUCCACAUCUCUCGCAAGACCUUCACCGAGGAGGCAGUGCGCUUCUGGAUUUCUGAGCUCGGCUGCGCUUUACGAUACAUCCAUAAGCAGGGUAUCGUACAUCGCGAUGUCAAGCCAGACAAUGUGCUUCUAGACUCAGAAGGACAUGUCCAUUUGGCCGACUUCAACGUGGCGUCAGACAUCACGCCUGGAAAGCCAUUGACUAGCAAAUCUGGAACUCUCGCCUACCUUGCACCAGAAGUGUAUGGGGGCAGAGGUUAUUACUCAGAAGUUGACUGGUGGUCAUUAGGUGUACUAUUCUACGAGUGCAUCUACAACAAGCGACCGUUCGAGGCAAGCCAUCACGACCAACUUGCCCAAGCCAUCAUCAAAGCCGAUCCGCCAUUCCCCGUCACGUCGCCGCCAGUGUCUAUGCCAUGUAACCAUGCCAUAAGCUCGUUGCUGGAAAAGAACAAGACCUUGCGAAUAGGCGCUGCAUCAUGGGAGAGUUUUACUGACAACCCUUUCUUCAGGGAAUUAGACUUUGAAGCUUUGGAGGCCAAGGAAAUCGAGCCCGUGUUCUGUCCAUCGAGCGAUAAGACCAACUUCGACGCCACUUAUGACCUUGAAGAGCUGCUAUUGGAAGAAGCGCCUCUGGAAGCACGAGCGCGGAAACAGAAGCCUAGAGCUGAGCUGAGGGAGGAUGCCACUCAGCAAGAGAUCAGAGCAGAUGAACUGCAUCGUAUGAUUGAGAACAUGUUCGAGCCAUUCAACUACACCACAGUGCCACAGGAUAGGAGCCCGGUCGUGUCGCAAGUUGGAUCUCCUUCAUCAACUGGAGCCUCGUCUUCAAAACGCAGCGAAAAGGAUGGAGCCGUCGAUCCAACCGGUGGACGAGCGCAACCCAGCAGAUCCAUACCGACGUCUCGAUCACAGACACCCGGCGGCAGUGCAUCAAGAACACGCUCAUCAACGCAUUCCCCGGAUGGAUCGCCUCCACUCCCCUCAGCAAUGCCUGACUACGGUGGCUCCGGUCCAACAUCAGAGCCAAGAGAGUACUUCCCACCGCCGACGUCAGAUCCAAAUGUUGCACAGGCCUUGCAGCAAGUCGUGCCUGAACCGAAAGAGCUGAAUCGUGUGAAGACGGCGCGAUUCGAAGAGCCGGGUCAGCCUCCCCCGUCUCCAGGACAGUCGUCACGGAAUCAUCGACCAAGAGGAUCGGUGCGGAGCACGUCUCAAGGUGGCGGCGUGCAAGUCGUGCUCAACGAGCAGGGCAGCUGGAGCGACAUGGCGAACCAGAGUCAGAACUUGGUGACGCCAAACGAGGACCAGCGGCGAAAUGAGAAGCCGUCUGGUAUGCUUGGGUUCUUAAGCAGGAAGAAGGGCAGAGAUCGAAGUCCAAAGGCGACCAAGGAGAAGGAGCGAGGAGUGCUUGGAAAGGAAGGCGCAAGAGUGGUCAUUAGCCACGGUUGA